ACCAUGGCCAGCCUGUCUACUGAAUCUUUGGAAAACUUUGAGUAUGAUGAGUCUGCUGAAGUCUGUUACAUUGGGGACAUUGUGGCCUUUGGGACUGUCUUCCUGUCCAUAUUCUACUCCCUGGUCUUUGCCUUUGGCCUGGUGGGAAAUAUGUUGGUGGUGUUGGCCCUCACCAACAGCAGAAAGCCCAAGAGCAUUACUGACAUUUACCUCCUGAACCUGGCCCUGUCUGAUCUGCUCUUUGUUGCCACCUUGCCCUUCUGGACUCACUAUAUGAUAAGUGAGGAAGGCUUCCACAAUGCUGUGUGCAAACUCACCACUGCCUUCUUCUUCAUUGGCUUUUUCGGAGGCAUAUUCUUCAUCACCAUCAUCAGCAUCGAUAGGUACCUCGCCAUUGUCCUGGCCGCCAACUCCAUGAACAACCGAACUGUGCAACAUGGCGUCACUAUCAGCCUCAGCGUCUGGGCAGCAGCCAUUUUUGUGGCAACACCCCAGUUCAUGUUCACAAAGCAAACAGAAAACGAAUGCCUUGGUGACUACCCUGAGGUCCUUCAGGAAAUCUGGCCUGUGCUCCGCAAUGUGGAAGCAAAUUUUCUUGGCUUCCUGCUCCCUCUGCUCAUUAUGAGUUACUGCUACUUCAGAAUCAUCCGGACACUGUUUACCUGCAAGAAUCAAAAGAAAGCUAAAGCCAUCAAACUGAUCUUUCUGGUGGUCAUCGUGUUUUUCCUCUUCUGGACACCCUACAAUGUUAUGAUCUUCCUGGAGACACUCAAGCUCUAUGACUUCUUUCCCAGUUGCGACACAAGGAGGGAUAUAAAGUUGGCCCUCAGUGUGACUGAGACACUUGCACUUAGCCACUGUUGUCUCAAUCCCCUCAUCUAUGCAUUUGCUGGAGAGAAGUUCAGAAGAUACCUUUACCACCUGUAUGGGAAAUGCCUGGCUAUCUUCUGUGGGCGUCCAGUCCAUGUCAGUUUCUCCCCAUCUGAAUCACAAAGGAGCAGGCAGGGAAGUGUUCUGAGCAGCAAUUUCACUUACUACACGAGUGAUGGAGAUGGGUCCCUCCUUCUCUGA